AUGCGUGUUCCCCGGCUGCGCUUUGAGCCGUGUCCCGCUGAAGUCUCCGGUUGUGGUAUCUGCAGAGGCGGUGUGUGGAGGUUGGCAGCGCUGCAGAGGGAUUAUGUAAGGGAUGGAUGCAUGGGAAGUCAAGGGGACCAGCAGCUAGAAGGAGGGGGGCGGAUUAAGAGGCGCAUCAAGCCGGUUUAUGUAACACUCCGAGCGGCUUCUGUCUGCAACAUCUGCGCUGGUGCUCUGCGGGGGUCAGGGGGACACUGUGACAGAGGAGCAGGACCGCAGGACUGGGGCUAA